CAGUCACAGUCACACAGGGAAAGUGAGAGGAGCUGACUCGUGUGUUCAUAUGUGUUAAAGAAACCCACAGAGAGCAGAAACAGAGGAUCAGAACAGAUCAGUAUUAAUCUUUAGACUUAGUGAUGGAUCCUUAUAACAACCAGGGAGGGACCAGGAGGAACAACAACAACCCCCUCCAGGACGGAUCGUCAGGUGGACCUGGGACUAAUGAAGAAGGGACACCUGAGAAUCCCAACAGGAAUGUUCCUGAUGGUGGACAACCGACAGGCAGAGAGCCUCAGUACUCAGGUGGAUUCACCGUCAUCCCACCCAACCAGGCCCGGCGAACCCAGAUAACAUCGAUGGCUCAAAGAGAAGAGCAGGAACUUCAGAGAUGGAGAGAGGCCAACAGACCGGCCCCCUUGCAACUGAAUCCAGAGAGGCUAGGUGGCGGAGGAACGUUGGCUGCAGCCAGAGACAAGCAGCUUGCAGAGUUACGCCGCUCCAAACUGCAGAAGAAGCUGAAAAAGGAGGACUUGGACCGGAAGAAGAGACAAGAAGAGGAGGAUGAGUUACAGAAGAUGAAGGCUGUACAGAGGGAGAAGGCGGAGAAGCUGGCGGAGAAGGAGCGACAGGAGGAGCAGAGGAGAAGGGAUCUGCACAGGCAGGAUCACCUCAGGGGGACCGAGAAGUUUCUGCAGAGGUUUGAGAGGACAGCCCCGGGUCCUUUGGCAUCCAACAGUGCCACACACACGUCAUCCAGGAGUGAGGCCGUGGAGAGUCUGCAGGUGGAGCCGAGGAGUGUGAGAGAUGUGCAGGAAGAACACCUGAGGGUGAACGCAGCCUUCCUGGACGGACUGGAAGGUCGAGGCAGAGGGAGGGAGGAAGAGCGUCCCCGUUUCACCUCUGAGGAGUCAAACACUGCAGGGCCAGAGCUCGCCCCGACUCACCUGGACCUCGAUCCAGACUACAGCUGGAUGCAGGAAACCGACCAGGAUCCGGAGUAUGACUGGGCCCUGAUGAAACUCAUGAAGAGCUUCCCAGACUGCUGCAAAGCGUUCCUGGAGGACAUCCUCGACCAGUGCAACGGGGACUACGAUCAGGCGUCCGCUCUGCUCAUCUCCACGCUCAGUUGAUCUUCAGGCUUUGAUAGUUUUGAUGCUUCUGCAGAUAAAAACGCUAAACCAGCAUUCACAGCUACACAUGAUGCUUAACACACACAAGAACACCUCGUAAAGUCCGAACCUCCUCACACCUUUAGUCUACUUAGUCACAGAUUAUUACAUGUUGCAAAGAUCGGGGAUCCUGCAAGACCGCAACUUGAUUCACGUUGAGAUUUGAAGAGCUCAGAAACAGAAGCAGUGUUUGCUCUCAGCUUUCCUCCUGAGUGCUGAGGGUUUGAGUUUUCUGUUCAUCAGGAUGUUGUUUGAACAGGAGCUUUCCUUCCAACUCUUCUUUAAUUUAUUUCAGCUUCUCAAACAUUGAUUGAUGCUUUGUUGGUUGGCGUGGUAACAGCCGACAGUGACCGGUCAUUAAAGAUCAGCAUGUUCAGGAA